AACAAGGCUUUGGAGGAAGACGGAAGACGAGGAAGCGAGGGCGACAUGAAGAGCCCUGGUGGCUGACGAGUGCUCGGAAAGGAACACGUUUCCCGAUCACCACGAUCGGAUGACUGUAAACUGGGACGACCGUCUCUCCCACAGUUUACACUGGUGACCCCGACGUGAUCCGGGCUACUCGUGGACCACACCAUGGAGUCGAGCGAAGCCACCCGGCAGCACACCGCUCCUCCCGCAACCAGCUUCAGCUCGCCGGCACCCGAACCCGAGGCAGCAGGUCGGCUCACAGCCCUGCUAGCCACCAUCGCGACCCUCAUCGUCCGAGUACAGCAAAUGGAGGCCACCCAGCGUCGACUCAAAGGCGCAGCAUCGCAACUUGGCCGAAGCCAGCAUCAACGACGCCAUGAAAACCGCCCUCUAAAGCCAGCGCAUCCGUCAACCUACGAGAUCUGCUGGUACCACCAGCGCUUCGGUGCCAGAGCGCGUCGCUGCAAAGCGCCGUGCAGUUUCUCCCACCGCAACAAAGGUCGUCAUCGCAGCCGUCAGACGCCUCGCCCAUCAUGCCCUCCGACGCCAGCGUACCAAGACAGCUCUGUCUGCUGGUACCACCAGCGCUUCGGUGCCAAGGCCCGCCGCUGCGAAUCUCCGUGCAGCCAAGCGAAAAUCCCGGCCUCAGCACUUCUCUUCGUGCGGAAUACGAAGACCGUCAAACAACGCCGGAUUGACGCUGACGCCUCACUCAGCGCAUCUCCUCGCGGCAACCUACCGAAGCGACCGACGCCGACGCCAGCUCCACCCAACAAGCAGCCGGUAGCCGCCAGCGCGCCAACCAGCAACAUCGACCACUGCGAGCCUGCGUCUCCGGAAGAGACGCCGCACCAGCCUACGCAGCAGUCUCCUGCCUCUGCGACUCUGCCACCAUCAGCUGCUCAGUCGGACAGCAUGGAACUGCUGCCACAAGACACGCCGCCUGCAGAACGCCCAUCUCCAAGAGCAGCAGCACCGGGACCAGCUCCACCGCGAUCUAUCUUGCGCUCUCGCACCGAUCGCGACGUUCGAUCCCCACAGCGAUCUCGACGCGUCACGUUCGCGACCCGUCUAGGGAGGGGGUAGUGUAGGAGUUCCCUACAGCCGCGCACACCUGCUGCGCAUGUGUCGGUGCGCCAUUGCUUAUGUAUUCGUAUGCUCGUAUAUCCGCGCACACACGCUGCGCAUGUCGCAUGUUACUAGAUAGACCGUCUAGCGCAUGCGCGUAGUUUUUGUAUACCGUCAAACGUCCGUGUGUGCUGUACAUUAGUAAGAUCUGAAAUUUUGUA